AUGCCUCCUUAUGUUAGGGGAGGAGUCUGGACGAAUGUCGAGGAUGAGAUAUUGAGGGCGGCGGUGGCCAAGUACGGGAUGCAGCAGUGGUCGCGAGUUGCUUCAUUGCUGGUUCGGAAAACUGCUCGGCAGUGCAAAGCCCGAUGGACGGAAUGGCUGAGUCCGGCGGUCCGAAAAACCGAUUGGACGGCGGCAGAAGACGAAAAGCUUCUACACUUGGCCCGAAUCAUGCCAAACAUGUGGCGAUCAAUAGCGCCCAUGCUGUCUCGUACGGCCACCCAAUGCCUAGAACGCUACAACUAUUUAUUGACCGGUGCCGGCGAGGAAGAAGAUCACGACGACGAUGCCAUUGAGGGCCGUCCUGCUAGGCCUGAUUUCGUGGAUAUGGACGAUGAGGAGCAGGAAAUGUUGAUGGAGGCGCGUGCUCGACUGGCGAAUACUAAAGGCAAGAAGGCCAAGCGCAAAGAGCGAGAAAGGUAUCUGGAUCAGCAGAAGCGUGAAAAUGUUCUGGAGCAGCGUCAGCUAGACAAGGAGCAGGGGAAAACACCCCAGGCUUUGAAAAUCAAGAAAUCCAAGUACUCUGUCGACUACAAUGCCGAGAUUCCGUUCGAACACCGUGCACCGUCGGGUGUUCACGACACCGAAGCGGAGAAGCUGGAGAAUGCCAUGGUUCUAGACGAGUUUCAAGGUAAGAUUGAAGGUGGAGAAAAGGUGGAGUUUGGAAGGACCCGCAAAGUAGCUAAACAACGCAAAGAAAAGUUGCCGAGACCUACGGUGCUUCCUCUCGAUCUGCCUGCCCCGCAGCCUGAACCAAAACCCCGGCCAGGUUCUAAACUGAAGCUUUUGGGAUCGUUUUCAACGCUUCCGGAACCCAAGAACGAUUUUGAAAUUGCUCCACCUGAAGCAGUGGAAGUACCCGUGGUGAAAAUGAUGGCUCAGAAGGACGCAGAGACACUGUUACGGGAGAAACAACAAGAGCUCGAGAAACGCCAGGCGACCUCCGUGCAAUGCGGACUCCCAAUGCCGCUGCUAGUCCGUGGAUUUGGCUCUGUUUUCGCGGAAAGCGAGUAUGUUGUUGACCAUGCGUACGAGGCUGUAUUACCGAGCCACGAAGCUCUCGCUGCAGCGAACGCGUUGAUUGAUGCUGAAACCAAAAGUGACAACGUCCGAAACCCAGACAGGAGCAGCAUCAGACCGUUCAAGGCUUCUGGUGACCCAGAGUCGGCAGCAGAGGCUGCUGUGUCGUCGGAACUGGCCAUCUACCAUAAGCUGUUGGAUCGGCUGAACAAAACGACCGACGCGUACACCACAGAGACCCUGCGGCUAGCUGCGUUCAAGUCACUGGCCGCUCUCGAGAACGAGGGCAUUAAAGAGCGACUCGCCGACCUCCAAGACGCAAUCGCUCUGGCAAAUAUUUAUUAA